CGCUCCCGCGGCCCGGCGCAGCCCCAGGCCGCCGAGGGACGGCGGGGCCGGCGCCAUGGCCGAGCGGGGCCGCCUCGGCCUGCCCGGCGCGCCCGGAGCGCUCAACACUCCGGUGCCCAUGAACCUGUUUGCCACCUGGGAGGUGGACGGCUCCAGUCCCAGCUGCGUGCCCAGGUUGUGCAGCCUGACCCUGAAGAAGCUGGCAGUGCUCCGGGAACUGGAAAAGGAACUCCUAUCUGUGGUGAUUGCUGUCAAGAUGCAGGGUUCCAAACGAGUCUUGAGAUCACAUGAAAUUGUGCUGCCUCCUAGUGGACAAGUGGAAACUGACCUGGCUCUGACCUUCUCUCUCCAAUACCCCCAUUUCCUCAAGAGAGAGGGCAACAAACUACAGAUCAUGCUGCAGCGCAGAAAGCGGUACAAGAACAGGACGAUGCUGGGUUACAAAACGCUGGCUGCAGGGUCUAUCAACAUGGCUGAGGUGAUGCAGCACCCCUCUGAGGGUGGCCAGGUUCUGAGCCUCUGCAGCAGCAUCAAAGAGGCCUCUGUCAAGGUGGCUGAGAUCUGGAUCGUCUCUCUGUCCAGCCAGCCCAUCGACCAUGAGGAUAGUGCAAUGCAGGCUGGCCCCAAGGCCAAGUCCACAGAUAACUACUCUGAGGAGGAGUAUGAGAGCUUUUCCUCUGAGCAAGAAGCCAGUGACGAUGCUGUACAAGGGCAGGAUCUUGACGAGGAUGACUUUGAUGUGGGAAAACCCAAGAAGCAGCGGCGCUCGAUAGUAAGAACGACGUCCAUGACCAGGCAACAGAACUUCAAGCAGAAGGUGGUGGCACUACUGCGCAGGUUUAAGGUGUCAGAGGAGGUCUUAGAUUCGGAGCAGGACCCUGCAGAACAUGUUCCUGAGGUGGAGGAGGACCUGGAUCUUCUCUAUGACACACUGGACGUGGAGAACCCCAGCGACAGUGGCCCUGACAUGGAUGAUGAUGACAGUGUCCUUAGCACCCCCAAGCCCAAGCUCAGGCCUUACUUCGAAGGCCUGUCUCACUCCAGCUCACAGACAGAGAUAGGGAGCAUCCACAGUGCCCGGAGCCACAGGGAGCCUCCAAGCCCGGCUGAUGUACCUGAGAAGACGAGGUCCCUGGGAGGCAAGCAGCUCAGCGACAGCAUCUCUGACACGGUGGCCUUUAGUACACCAGCCCCCCGGGAACCGCCAGGGCAACCUGAGGACAGCCCAGAGGCUGAGACCUCGACCUUAGACGUGUUCACCGAGAAGCUGCCUCCCAGUGGAAGAAUCAUCAAGACUGAGUCACUUGUCAUCCCCUCCACCAGGUCAGAAUCAAAGCCAGCUGGCCGCCGGGGCCGGAGCACAUCGCUGAAGGAGCGACAGCCAGCUCGGCCACAGAAUGAACGGGCCAACAGCCUAGACAAUGAGCGCUGUCCAGACACGAGGAGCCAACUGCAGAUUCCCAGGAAAACUGUGUAUGACCAACUGAACCACAUCCUCAUCUCUGAUGACCAACUCCCAGAGAAUAUCAUUCUCGUCAACACCUCUGACUGGCAGGGACAGUUCCUCUCAGAUGUCCUGCAGAAGCACACGCUUCCAGUGGUGUGCACAUGUUCUGCUGCUGACGUGCAGGCUGCCUUCAGCACCAUCGUCUCUCGGAUACAGCGAUACUGCAACUGCAAUUCUCAGCCACCGACCCCUGUGAAGAUUGCCGUGGCAGGAGCGCAGCAUUACCUCAGCGCCAUCCUGCGGCUCUUCGUGGAGCAGUUGUCUCACAAGACACCUGACUGGCUCGGCUACAUGCGCUUCCUCAUCAUCCCACUGGGCUCUCACCCUGUGGCCAGGUACCUGGGCUCUGUGGACUACCGCUACAACAACUUCUUCCAGGAUCUGGCCUGGAGAGACCUGUUCAACAAACUGGAAGCCCAGAGCAGUGUGCAGGACACACCAGAUAUCGUGUCACGCAUCACCCAGUACAUCUCAGGAGCCAACUGUGCUCACCAGCUCCCCAUCGCAGAGGCCAUGCUGACCUACAAGCAGAAGAGCCCUGAUGAAGAAUCCUCCCAGAGGUUCAUUCCCUUUGUCGGGAAGCUUGGCAGCAGCAGGGCCACAGGAGUAAAGAUCAGCUCCAAGGUUGUGAAGGUUGGAAUUGUGGAGCCAUCUUCAGCCACAUCAGGAGACUCUGACGACGCAGCUCCCUCAGGCUCCAGUGUACUCUCUUCUACCCCACCGUCUGCAUCUACAUCUCCUGCAGCCAAGGAGGCUUCGCCUACCCCUCCCUCCUCCCCUUCAGUGAGUGGAGGCCUGUCCUCCCCCAGCCAGGGUGGCGGCGCCGAGCUCAUGGGGCUGCAGGUGGACUACUGGACAGCGGCACAGCCUGCGGACAGGAAGAGAGACGCCGAGAAGAAGGACAUGCUCACCACCAAAAACACGCUCAAGUGCACUUUCCGCUCCCUCCAGGUCAGCAGGCUGCCCAGCAGUGGUGAGGCUGCAGCCACACCCACCAUGUCCAUGACUGUGGUCACCAAGGAGAAGAACAAGAAGGUGAUGUUUUUGCCCAAGAAAACAAAGGACAAGGACGUGGAAUCCAAAAGCCAGUGCAUUGAAGGCAUCAGCCGGCUGAUCUGCACAGCUAAGCACCAACAGAACAUGCUUCGGGGCAGGCAGAUGGUCAGGUGGCCCUCUCCCACAGUCCUCAUCGACGGCGUGGAAUGCAGUGAUGUCAAGUUCUUCCAGCUGGCUGCCCAGUGGUCUUCCCAUGUGAAGCACUUCCCUAUCUGCAUCUUUGGACACUCCAAGGCCACCUUCUAGCCCCACUCACGGAAGGGCUGACACUGGACAGUGACUCUGUGUCAGCCAUUGAUGGAUGGAGGAUGUAUUUCUGUUAACACGUGGUUACUACAGAGACAGACUCUUAAAAACACAAAGAAACAGUCUUAAGUAUGAAUGUGCUCAUAGCCCAGCUAGCUCUCUGUGGGCCACUGAGUAACUUUGCUCAGCUUAUUAACCAGAAUAUGUGGGCAAGUGAAAAGGCUGGUAAGAAAGGAGGUCAGCUCUGGUCCCAUGAAAGCCCAGACCACAAGCAAGAAGUGUUCUUGCCUUUGUAUCCUGCCCUUUGCUGAAGUCGGGAGUAGGGAGCACAGGGAGCUUUGGAGUUUAGUGGCCAGAAGCUGAAGCUCAAGGGCAUGUUUGGUCUCCUAGCAUGAGAUGUCAGUCCCUGGCACCCCAUGUGUGGUUCCCAGUAAACCCCAGCCUCAUGGCAGAGGUUUUAUAGUAGCAGAUCUUUCUAGUGCUCUCAAAUACAUUUGACAACGUAGCUGCCAAGCAGAUGUUGCUCUUGUGAAGUCCCCUUGCUUGGGGCAGAGCCAGCAGGAGCUGCAUCCCCACCCUACCCCUGUGGCUCCCAUUCCAGAGGCACCUCUAGGCUUCUGCUGCUCAGAUCAGGUGGGCCUUUCAAGUGUCCCAGUGUUCACCAUGUGGGAUCUGAAUUGAGAAUCAAGGUUGUAAACUGGAAACAGACACCUAGAGGGGUGUGUGUGUGUGUGUGUGUGUGUGUGUGUGUGUGUGUGUGUUAUGUAGCCAGUGAAGGCUCCAGCAGGCUGGUCUGACUACAAAGGCCACCUCCCUUACAAGACUGGGUCUAGCCAAGCCAAGCUCCUCAUAGCUACCUAGAUCCCAUUCUUGGUGGCCUACCGCACAGGCCAUCCUGGCUGAACAUGCCCCAGCAGACUUAUGAAGGGGUCACUGCCUCAGUCCUGAUUUUCUCAAGAACCCUUUCUCCCCAAGGUAUCUGAUUAGAAGAGUGCCAGUCGCCUUGGAAGCUAGAGCUCUCCCAGGGACUCUGGUGGUCCAUCUGGGAGCUCUGAAGCUUGGUGUCUCGACCUUGAAACCUUCCUAAGAGUAUGCUCAGAAAAUUGCCGAGAGCAGGACAGGUUGAGUUUGAGGACUACUCGCCCUUCCUGGGAUGAAAGAUGCAGUUUUUUAUUUACUUCCUUCCCCUGCCUUGACUUGCUGAACAGGAUCCAUUUGUCCUAGAUAAUAGGGCCCCAGGUCCCUGGGUAUAGGGCUUCUUAGUGGAACUCCUGGUGAGGUAUUCUCUGAAAAGUUCCUGUGUUGAGUCAGGCCACUGUAAUCCUUGGAGCCUAAGAGCCUAGUUUACCUGCCCCUUGUGUUUUUUCCCAAAGGUCAACCUUCAUAUGAAACAUUUGACCUAGAUUUCUAGCCUUGAGGCCACAGGGAGUUCAAGCUCUUGCCUGAGGGCAGCAGCCCCUUUUCAGAGCCCUCCCCUGUACAUGCUUCUUGAUUGGUUCCAGGGGGUCUGUCUGACUUUAAGUACACAAGAGGAGGGUGUAGGCAGAGCCUCUGUCCAGCAGCUGGCCCAAGGUGGAGUCAGGAAAUCCUAGCACCUGAGCAUCAUACACCCACCACCAUAGCAGUGCUUGGUGCAGACCUAGACAGCAGUCCUCCCUGUGCCUCGCUUCCCCCAUUGGUUAAAGAGAGAUGGUCCAUUUUCCUUGCCUACCUCAUGGAGCUGUAAUGAGGAUUCAUGGAGAAGCACUUUGUCCCUUUGAAGGAUGACUGCAAAGCCCCCCUGACAGGCAGUGCAGUGGUAAGAACAGCAGAGUGUGUUUGCAUCCCAACAGGCUUAGCUCUGAGGCAUCACCCUUAGAGCCUGCCAAUCUUAGAGGUAUCAGGCAACACUAUCAGGCAGCACUAGUUGCCAUUGCUCAUUGCUGUCAGUUGGGGGCCCUGCCUCUGCCUUCAGGUUGGUUCCUGCCACCCUCUGAGUACGCAGCUCAGUAUCACUGUAUAGGUACCAGAGCUUGGGAGGGGGAGGCUCAGCCCUCGUGCAGUGGCCUGCCCUAGCCUUAUCCUGCAAGCCUCACUUCUUCCUCUAGCCUCCAUCUCAAAUGAAUUCCGCAUAAAAACAUCCUGGCACUUCUCCCCAGGGCCAGGGUACUGGACCCUCACUUGCUCCCUAAACCCCUAUGCCCUUCAGAGACUGCUCUGUCCUGGAAGGGGGCCAGCAGAAGCUGACAGCCUUGCGUGAGGAUGACUCCGUCCGCUUCUGCAGACUGCCCAGCGCGCUGUCACUGAUUUCUAGAGUGUGUAUGUGUUGCUAGUUUUGUUUUGUUUUUGUUUUUUAAUAAAAAGCAGGAUUCAUGUAAAUAGCUUUUUGGGGAGCAGAUACUGAUCUGUCCCAUGCGACCAUGUGGACGAUUUCAAGGUGCUGAAGCGACACUAAUAAACUGACGGCGCUCAGGCCGCCCACUGC